CACCCCAUCCAUGAUGUCCCUCACAAGAGCCCAGGGUGACAGCCUACGUGGGGGCGUGUGGCCCGAGGUGAGCCGUGCCUGUUCCACCCUGCUCUGCCAGCUUCCUCUCAGUGGUGACAUCCGCACACGAGCACCAUGAAGUGCCCAGGGAGUUGCAGCCAAGCCAGGCCAGCCACUGGCCUUUGGUGACAUCAUAUGACUUCCAGGCCACUGCCUCAUCCCUUAUCUGCAUGCCCCGUUUCUUCCUUCACAGUCAAAUGGAAUGGUUGGCUCUGAAGCAUCUUUGUUUUCUGUGUGAAUAGACUCACUGUCUUGCCUCAUCUUCCUUCUGCGGCACCGGGUAGGCUGGGGCACAGCAGAUGCUCAACAUGGCUGGGUCUCACCCUUGAUGAGACUUCCUGCCACAGGAUUUUGGAAGUUGAACAGUUGCUAGAGGCUUCGGAACUCCAGCCCAAUGGAUCCCAAACUCGGCAGGAUGGCUUCCUCUGUCCUGGCUUUGCUGCUGUUGCUGGAGGGAGGGAUGUUCUCGGCCUCCCGGCCUGGGGGGCUGCUAGAGAAAGUCUUUCAACACAUCCAUGACCAUCAGGACGAGUUUGUCCAGACGCUUAAGGAAUGGGUGGCCAUUGAGAGCGACUCUGUCCAACCCCUGCCUCGGUUCAGAAAAGAGCUCUUCAGAAUGAUGGCCCUGGCCGCAGACAAGCUCCAACGCCUGGGAGCCAGCGUGGAUUCUGUGGACCUGGGUUUUCAGCAGCUGCCUGAUGGUCAGAGCCUUCCAAUACCUCCCAUCAUCCUGGCUGAACUGGGGAACGACCCAAAGAAAGCCACAGUGUGCUUCUAUGGCCACCUAGAUGUGCAGCCUGCUGCCCAGGAGGACGGGUGGCUCACGGACCCUUAUACACUGACGGAGGUGGACGGAAAACUUUACGGAAGAGGAGCCACAGACAACAAAGGCCCGGUUUUAGCCUGGAUCAAUGCUGUGAGCACUUUCCAAGCCCUGGAGCAAGAUCUCCCUGUGAAUAUCAAAUUCAUCCUUGAAGGGAUGGAAGAGGCCGGUUCCAUUGCCCUGGAAGAACUUGUUCAAAAAGAAAAGAACCGGUUCUUCUCUGACGUGGACUACGUGGUAAUUUCAGAUAAUCUGUGGCUCAGCCGGAGGAAGCCUGCACUCACCUACGGGACCCGAGGGAACAGCUACUUCACAGUGGAGGUGAAAUGCAGAGACCAGGACUUCCAUUCAGGGACCUUUGGUGGCAUCCUGAAUGAGCCAAUGGCGGAUUUGGUUGCUCUUCUUGGUAGCCUUGUAGACUCUUCUGGUCGUAUCCUGAUCCCUGGAAUCUAUGACCACGUGGCUCCUCUUACAGAAAAGGAAAGAAAUAUAUACAAAUCCAUCGAUCUGGACCUAGAAGAAUACAAGAAUAGCAGCCAGGUUAAGAAAUUUCUGUUUGAUACAAAGGAAGAAAUUCUAAUGCACCUGUGGGGGUACCCAUCUCUUUCCAUUCAUGGGAUCGAGGGUGCAUUUCAUGAGUCUGGAACUAAGACAGUCAUACCUGGCCGAGUUACAGGAAAAUUUUCAAUCCGGCUCGUCCCUCACAUGAAUAUGUCUGUGGUGGAAGAACAGGUGAAGCACCAUCUUGAAGAUGUUUUCUCCAAAAGAAAUAGCUCCAACCAGAUGACUGUUUCUAUGGUACUAGGACUGCACCCGUGGAUUGCAAAUAUUAAUGAUAGUCAGUAUCUUGCAGCAAGAAGAGCGAUCAGAACAGUGUUUGGAACAGAACCAGAUAUGAUCCGGGAUGGAUCAACCAUUCCGAUUGCCAGACUAUUCCAGGAGAUUAUCUGUAAGAGUGUGAUGAUGCUUCCGCUAGGAGCUGUUGAUGAUGGAGAGCACUCUCAGAAAGAGAAGAUCAACAGGUGGAACUACAUACAGGGGUCCAAAUUAUUUGCGGCCUUUUUCCUAGAGAUAGCCAAGCUACACGGGUGACUGCGGGGCCUUCCUCUGCCUCCCUGACAGGUUCCGUUCCCUGGGCCCCAGACAGUGAUGGAAUCUAAAUAGCCGGACAAUUGGGGUCCAGAGAAGUGCAUUUUCUCUUCCAUUUAAAAUGUCUUGGGACAUUUGGACUAAUAAUAAAAUAUUUCAAAGGCACAGACAUUGGAAAUGGCUUGCAGCCUCCUAUUGUACACCGUCCGAAAGUCACAGCUACCUGCAGCAACUUGAGUUCCCCAAGUCCUGUGCAAUGGCCCCCAGGAUGGGGCUCAUCCUAGCCUUUAAGCAUGAGUAGGGUGAUUCUUCAAUUAGUUUAGACUCUGACCUUGCAAUUUGAUUGACAUCCUCAUUCCAGUUUGCUUUCUUGGUCCCUGACACCUAAUCAUUCCAUCCGAUGAUCACCUUUGCUUUACCACUCUUUCCUUUUAUCUGAUUAAUAAAAACGUUGGUCUCCACCACCGA